AGUGUUACGUUUUAGCCACCAACGUCUUCAAAAAUAGCCGGCGGGCCGGUUCAUCGUCAUUUUUAACUUUUACAGCAUAUUCAUAACACUUUCCAAACUUAUUAUUGACGAAUUACUUGUGCAUCUUGUAAUCUUCUUAGAGGGACAAUAAUGGCCUACAGUUGGGACAAUCGUGUAAACUUCGUUGUACGAUACUUGUACGAUUUAGAUGGUAAUGGCUACUUAGAUGAGAAAGAUUUUGCAUGUCUAGCUUUAAGGGCAACGAUAAUCGAAGGCAAAGGAGAAUUCAGUUUUAAUCGUUUACAAGAGAAUCAACACAUUAUGUUGAGCUUAUGGGAAGAAAUUGCAGAGCUUGCGGAUUUAAAUAAAGACCUUUUACAGGAUGGUAAAAUAACAGUCGAGGAAUUCAAACAAGCUGUUCAACAAUGUUGCUUGGGUAGAAGGUACGAAGAUUUUCCACAAGCGAUGAAAAUGUUUAUAGAUUCCAAUUUCAAAAUGGUAGAUCUGAAUGACGAUGGAGUUAUAGCAGCGGACGAAUAUAGAUUUAACUGUAUUACUAAAUUUCCAAUAGAUGACGUAGAAAUUGUAGAUGAAGCUUUUAAUAAUUUGCUUAAUGAUGAUGACAGAAGAAGAGGAGGUAUUACGUUAUCGAGAUAUCAAGAGCUUUAUGCAGAAUUUCUAGGAAAUCCAGAAGAAACAUCAGCUGUAUAUUUGUUUGGUCCCCUCUCAGAAUUUUUCUAUUAUGAUGAUUUAGACAUUUGAUGAGGUUAAUAUAUUAUGAAAAUCACUAUUGUCGAUAACUAAUAAGUUUUUUUGUAAUAAUUAUUAAACACCAACAGAAAAUUCUAUACAUUUUUUAAAGCUCCUAUACAACGUUUCCAAAAAUAUGGAAAAAUGCAUUUGAAACAAAUUUAAUUAUUCGAAUUUCAUUACAUAUAACGACACAACAAAGGAAAAAGCAUAUAAAGAUAAAAAUAACCCAAAGGUUGUAUAAACUAUUUUUAAAAAAACAAAUAAACUCGGAAAUGUUUAGUGCAAACUUGUUUUUUAUGUUUUGUUAAGACGUAGAGUUUGAAAAAAUUACUAUUUAAAUUACAACCCAACAUUUAUUAAUAAUGAGUGAUCAAGCAUUAGGAAAAUAAUAACAACUUGCCACAAACUUUAUUUUCAAAUUUUAAGAAAAUAUUGUAUGGUUCAGAAUAGCCCUUUCCCAGAUGAAUUUUCUCAAACACAUUAUUGUGAAAAAACCUAACUGCUUCCAAAACUAUUGCUUUCUGUUAAUAUUCCUUUCACAUGUACCUCCAUCUUGGCUUUUAACUAUUUCUACACUUUGUAGUUUUCCGAUCAAACCUAUCAUAUUAUUACGAACUCGUACACGACAUGGACCCUGGAGCUGGUCCUGUUCGUUUAUGAUGGAGUAUAAGAGCAUAAAAUUUGGUCCGGAUCAACCUGAAUCGGGUUUGGUUCGACUCGACACCAUUUGACUUUGUCGAUCGACAAUGUCGAACAAGUGUGAACCUUACCUAACCGAAAAUUCAGGUCGGUUCGGAUCAAAGGCAGUCUAAUGGAAAACAGCAGUUCGACGUAUAGACGUGUAGACACAGCUUAAGAGCACUUAUUUCCUUACUCAAGUGAAAUGUAGACAGGCUUUGAUAGUAAUAUGAUAAAAGUUUAAUUAUAAUAAUCUGAACAAAACUUAUUAUUUAUUAAUAAGGUGAAAAUAAAACUUUAUAUUUUUAAAUAAAUUAUUGUAUACAUAAUAGCUAAUGAACAUGUUUCAGCUAACUAAAUAAUUAAACGUAAUAAUAAAUGUUAUUAAUUGAACUUCAUAAUAAAACUUGUAGUUAAUUUA